UACAGCCAGUUAAGUGAACUGUCAAAUUUGUCGACAUUUGUAUUCCUCUCUUUUCAUGUGCUUUCAUGGUUCCUUUUUAGUACUAGUUGUGUGGUUAGCAAUUCACAAACUAUAUUUUAAUAAAUUUAGUGUCUUAUUUAGCAAUUAGUUCAAAACUUUAAAAUGCCCUCGGCGGCGAAUACUAAAAUUGAAAAGCAAGCUCAUUCAGAAAAUAGUUUAGCUGACUCCUCGGGAAAUGCCCUUACGCCAAUGCGACAAGCAAUUACCGUAAUAGAACAUAAAAUUAGGAAUUUAGAGAAACGAAAAGCGAAGUUAGAAUCUUAUCGUGAAUUACAAAACUCGGGAAAAGAGUUAAACCAGGAUCAAAAAACCGCUGUUGCAAAAUAUGACGAAGUUAUACAGACGUUAGAUUUUGCUAGGGAUUUGUCUAAACAAUUUUUAGGUAUUGCCAAUGUUUCUGAGAAAGAAGCAAAAAAACAAGCCAGAAAAGAAGCGGCAGCCCGAAGUCAGGCAGAAUUAGCUAAGAUCAGAGAAGUCCUUCUUGUGCAAGAUGCUCUCAAUCAAAUGGGUCAGGACAAUGUGCGUGAAGAUUUUCUAAAUGGUACAAAUGGUGCAACCCAACUUACAACUGCAGAUCUCAAAUUAUUGGAUGACAUAUAUCCAGCAGUGACUCCUAAACAUGAGCCAGGAGAUCCUACAGCAUUUACAAAUCAGGUUCAAGCAGCUGCUGAACAUUUACUUGCAGUGGUUGAUGGAAAAUCAAAAGAAGCAUUUGGGGCAAGUUAUAGUCAAAUCAAAGAAGUUAUAGGAAAAAUACAUGAAAGUGGAUACUUAGAUCAAGCUUUGGUAACGAGUUACGACGAAACAGUGGAAGUAAUUGAAAAUGAUCAAGUAGUAGCUCCUGAAGUAUCUGUUCCUCCAACUGAUAUUCCUCCUCAAGAAACCGUGACGACUAUUGAAUCUUUAACAAUUGAGGCAAAUGUAGCAGUUAUGCCUCAACCUCCCAAUCCACAACCAACUAUAGCUCAGGCUCCACCUGAGCAACUGUAUUACCAACAACCUCCCAGGCCAAUAACUGAAAUGUUAGGUUCUGGGAAUUUUUACUUUUUACAGGAUUCUGAAUUGGAUACACCGGACACGCUGCCAACGCAAACAUUCACUAAUACAAGUUUCGUUCAACCUCCUCCACCUAUUCCUCUUCCGCCCAAUUUCCAACCAUAUCCACCUCAGCAAAACAAUCCGGUGAACUUACCUCCUCCUCCUGGAAAUGGAGUCGAUGAAGCACCUAAAGCAACUCUACCUCCCCAGCAACCUCCCUUACAACAACAGCAGCCACAACAACCUCAACAACAGCCUUCCCAAUCGGACAUACCUCAAAAAGCAAGAUCUAUACCCCAAAAGGCGAACAACCAGGCAUACUAUCAAAAUAAUCGACCCCGUCAAAACCGGAAUGGUCCCCGAGCAGGAAACCGCUUCCACCAGUAAAAGAAAACUGUAAAUUUCCGGUUACUACCCAGUUGACUAACGGCUUUAAGGUCAAUUUCGUCGUUGAAAUGUAUUUAUCGAAAUCUAGCCAGGGCUAAUUAAUUCAUCGAAAUAUUUAGUUUAUCGCAGAAGUAAAACAAAUAACGACCUUUUUUACGCUCGAUUUUCUGACUUAAUCGUCGUUUUUUUGGCACAACAAUUUCUACUGAAAAAAUAAUAUAAGAUUUAAUUUUAAUUACUCGGUUACUGCAUUGUAACGUUUGAUUACUAAUACCUUUCAGUAUAUUUAAGUAUUCUGAGUAGUUAUUUUACGAAUAUUCGCUAUUUUUUUUGCUUUAUGAAGUUUUAUGUUGGCAGUUUUUGAAUUAUUAGCGUACAUUAAAAUAUAGACUGGUUCAA